GUGUGCUCUUUGUGAAAUUCCACCAUGGCAUACAGUGGCCAGGGCCAGAAAGUGCAGAAGGUUAUGGUGCAGCCCAUCAACCUCAUCUUCAGAUACUUACAAAAUAGAUCGCGGAUUCAGGUGUGGCUCUAUGAGCAAGUGAAUAUGCAGAUAGAAGGCUGUAUCAUUGGUUUUGAUGAGUAUAUGAACCUUGUAUUAGAUGAUGCAGAAGAGAUUCAUUCUAAAACAAAGUCAAGAAAACAACUGGGUCGGAUCAUGCUAAAAGGAGAUAAUAUUACUCUGCUACAAAGUGUCUCCAACUAGAAAUGAUCAAUGAAGUGAGAAAUUGUUGAGAAGGAUACAGUUUGUUUGUAGAUGUCCUUUGUCCAAUAUGAACAUUUAUUCAUAUUGUU